AUGCUGAACGCGUUCCGAGCGACAUACGGAUACGUACCGUACGAGCCGGAGGCAGAAGUACCCAGAGGGAGGACAAUCAUACGAGAAGCCCCUCGGGUCACUUUACGAUGGCCAAGAACGGCUUCUCUAAUUGCAGACGGAGAAUCGGUCAGAGACGAACCGGCCAAAUCUCUAACGUCAAAGAAGACUCAUACCGAGUUGAGCGACCCUGCAACAAGGCGAACGCCAAUGGCGGAACAGGUGACUAGACCUACACCGGAGCCCCAGCAAACCCAAAAGAAAGCCGAGAAGGCGACGGCCAAAGAAAGCGACGACUUAGCAAACCCCGAAGACAAAAUCACCUUUGUAGACGACCAGCAACUGCCAAACAACAGUUUACUAAAGUUGUCGCACUGUUUUCACACAAAGAUGACCAAACUGAAAGCGUUCGUGCCUCUGACCGUAUUCAACAUCGACUGGAUAGAUAAAGAUGCAGAGAAAGCGAGUCAGAGGAAGGUGAAAACAGUCAAAGAGCUACAAGAGGGAGAUGAUUCAAUGCAAUACUCCGGUCUGACCCCUAAGGACGAACUUCUUUUGACGUACGGCGAUUGGCUAGACAAUAUGGACCUAUUCAUUAGAUAUGUUGACGAGUACUACAACAUGAAGACCUGCGCAGAAAAUUUCAAAAAGCACAGGCAGAACGUGAUAGACAUUCGCAGAUCGACGUCGUGCUGGACGAUAGCACUAAGAUACUGCAUCAGAGUCAGGAAGUUAGUCAUGCAAUUCCGGUUUAAAGAUGGGAAACGUGUGAUGGCGAACGCUGGUUUAAUACACGAAGACAUCCUAUGUGCAGCAAAAGACAAGGCCGACGCGUUAGGCAAGAGAAGUUACCUGGACAAUCCUUACGUCGGGGUGAAUGAAGCACACGAGCAGGCAUUGACCAAAGAAAAGAGCCUGAUCAAACGCGAAUUCGCAGCCGCCAACCAGAGCCAAAGUCAGUCUCAGAAUGGUUGGAAGAACAACGGCGAGAGCCCUCACCUAGGUGGCGGAAAGAAAAGGUACCCCAAGAACAACAACAAGGGUUUUAAGCGGAACGGGAACAAUCACCACGCCAACCACGGGAACUCCUUCGGUAGAGACCACAGAACCUUCCCCCAGUACCCUAGCCAACAGCACAGUGUACCUUAUAAUCCGUAUCACGCCUAUCAACCGUACCCGUACACGCAUGGCACGAACCAAAACUUCAUUCAAGGUGGCGCGGGGGCAGGUCCCAGCGAGCCGAGCAAUCAAUUGGCAAUCAUAGCUAAACCAGCAGUGAACGGAAGCGGAAACCAGAGCGGCGCAUUAGCAAUAGUGCACAGAAACAACGGAAACAAAUGCACCUGUGAACGGGCAGGAAGAGUGAAUACGGGACUCCGACAGAGGAAUAAGGAGGAGAAGGGGGAAUUGGGUAAAAAGGACAAACUCGUGCAGCAUGUAUACGCCGUAGUUUCUCCCGUCAGAUGA